AUGCUAGUACUAUACCUUCGUAGAUGGGCAACUAGGAAGAGAAAUCAAUUAAAGAAUAAUAUUGACGCCAAAGUAAUCGUUGGAUUCUUUCAUCCUUACUGUAAUGCUGGAGGUGGCGGUGAACGUGUAUUGUGGUGCGCUAUUCGGGCUAUACAGGAGGUAUAUCCAGGCGCUCAUUGUGUCGUAUACAGCGGAGAUUGCGAUGCAAAACCCCAAGAUAUUCUACGUAAAGUCAAGCAACGUUUUAAUAUUAACUUGAAAAGAGAUGUAGAGUUUAAGUUUCUACGAAAGCGACAGUUAGUAGAAGCAUCAUCUUAUCCGUUUUUCACAUUAUUAGGGCAAUCGCUAGGUUCUAUAUUACUUGGCUGGGAAGCUUUACGUCUUUGUGUUCCCGAUAUCUAUAUCGAUAGCAUGGGCUAUGCUUUUACUUUACCGUUGUUUCGCUACAUUGGGUGCUGCAGUAUCGGCUGUUAUGUCCAUUAUCCAACAAUAAGUGUUGACAUGUUAAGUGUGGUCAGUAGCAGAAGGCCUGGGUUUAAUAAUGCCUCAUUUAUAUCCAACAGUAAAUUAUUAAGUAGUAUCAAAAUAUUAUAUUAUUACAUCUUUGCCUUAUUGUAUGGCUUAGUUGGUAGCAGUGCGCAUGUAAUUAUGGUCAAUUCAAGCUGGACAAAAAAUCACAUACUAGCACUAUGGAAAAAGCCUUUGUCAACCUCUGUAGUUUAUCCGCCAUGUGAUACAAAAACUUUUCAACAAUUUCCAAUUACAGAAUUUCCUGAAGUCAAUGAUAAACAACAAUUGACGAUUGUAUCUAUAGCUCAAUUUCGCCCUGAGAAAGAUCACCCGUUGCAAAUUAGAUCCUUUCAUAGAUUUUUACAAGCUUUAUCCCAAGAAGAAAAGAAGCGUUAUGGAUUAAUUUUAAUCGGGAGCUGUCGGAAUGAUGAAGAUUUAGCUCGUGUCAAUAAAUUAAAAGUGUUGUGCGAUGAAUUGAAAAUUGUUGAUUACGUAAAAUUUGAGUUAAACGUAUCAUUUGAAAAGUUACAGGAACGUCUAUCAAAUGCAACUAUUGGAUUGCACACAAUGUGGAAUGAACAUUUCGGUAUCGGUGUAGUUGAAUGCAUGGCAGCUGGAGCUGUCACUUUAGCUCAUAAUAGUGGUGGUCCAAAAAUGGACAUUGUAAAAGACUGGCAAGGCCAGCCAACAGGUUUAUUAGCAGAAAACGAAGAACAGUAUGCAACGGCAAUGAAAGAAAUAUUUGAAAUGUCCACCAAAGAACGAAUGGAUCUCAGGCUAAGAGCUCGAGAAUCUGCUGCAGCAAGAUUCUCUGAAGAUGUAUUCAAUACUUCGUUUAUCCGAGCCGUGCAGCCAUUAUUCCAUAAAUGA